UAGGCUUGAACUGUUACAAAUGAUAUCUCAUCAGUCGGCGCAAGACACUGGUCGAAGUAGGGCUAGACCCUUUUCAUAAUAGACACGUUUUAAGACUGUAAGACUAACGACGAUACUUAACAGGCAAAAGUGAACAUUAUUGACCAACAGUGGCUUAAACCGUUACAAAUGCAUAUAAAGCUAGAACCAAGAAGAAAGAGACCGAAAAAAAGAGGAAGAAGAAAGACCUGAUUUGACAUCGCGGCAUCCAUAUCCAUUAUCAUAUUGCUAAGCUAUGAUCGGUAAAGAAAGAAGAUCGAGCGAAUCGCUCUGCGAGAAAUCCAUGCUAUUGGUAGCGAAUUUAAUCAAGCUUUCCAGCUCUAUUUCUUUCGCCAAAACCGCCAAUGAAGUAACUGCUGGAUCUAGGGCGGCAGUGCGGCAAUCGCGAGGAAAUCCGGCGACGACGCCUCUGAUUCCAGGAAGUAGACGGUUGCAGGAGCCGCAGAGCCGUGCGAAGCCGAUCUACGUGACGAAGCCAGGCGGAGGAGGCUUCCAAAUCGGCCAUGGAUCGCCUAGGUAUUCGUCGCCGUCGUCGCCGUCGCCUUCUUCGUAUUUGAUUCGCGAAGAGAGCGAUUUUAUUGAGGCGAAUGUGGAUGGUUGGGCGUCUGAAUACAUAGAGAAAGUUCAUAAGAACAGGAAGAAUUUGGAUGAAUCGACGGCGAAGAAGCCAUAUCCAAUCGCUGAAAGUCGCCUUCGUAGAGCCUCCUCUGCUCGGAACUAACCAGAUUUUGGGGGGAAAAUUAUAUAUAUAUAUAGACAUAUAUAUAUAUAUUCUCUAAAUUUUAUCCCUGUGAAUUAAUGUCUAAGCGCUACUUCAUUUGGUUUACUAAACAAUAAAUUCAAAGUAAUUUUGAUGAAUUAAAAAAUA